AUGACAUUCUUGUGUAUGGCGAGGGGGAUACAGAAGAAGAAGCUAUUGUUGACCAUGAUAGAAAGCGAUAGAAAGCUACGUGCACUGAUGGACCGAUGUCGAGAACGUGGACUCGUUCUGAACAAAGACAAACUUCGAUUACGACAGAAAGAAGUGCGAUUCAUUGGACACCUUGUUACAUCAGAAGGUCUGAAACCUGACCCAGAAAAGGUGAAAGCAGUUAAAGAGAUUCCAAAUCCAGAGAAUGUCGCAGGUGUAAGGAGAUUUCUUGGAUUUGUGAACUAUCUUAGCAAAUUCUUGCCAUCCCUAAGUGAUUUGUGUGAGCCACUAAGGAAACACGCUCAAAGACGCUGUAUGGAGCUGAGUGACCACAAACCCUUGGAGAUUAUCCUGAGAAAACCACUUCACAUUGCACCUAAACGACUACAGAGAAUGCUACUGCGCUUGCAAAAGUACACUAUACACUUGGCAUAUCAUCCUGGGAAAGAAAUGUUCCUAGCAGACACCUUGAGCAGGGCAUACCUAAGAAACAAUGAACAGACUGGCACACUUGAAGAGGAAACAAAACAUCUGGCACGAUUUCUCCCUGUGAUCAAAGACAGAAUUCAGGAACUGAGACAGGAAACUCAGGCAGACAAAACACUAGUAAAGCUGACCAAAGUUAUUCUCUCAGGAUGGCCAGAAAUCUCUGCGUAUGUUUCAGCUCCCCUACAGCCAUACUUCAACAUUCGUGACGAGUUGACAGUACAAGGCGGCAUUGUAUUUAUAGGAGAGCGCAUUCUUAUUCCAGAGACAAUGAGAAUGGACAUGUUGCGCCGUAUUCACUCAUCUCAUAUUGGAGUUGAAGGAAGUGUCAGGAGAGCUCGUGAAUAUUUGUUCUGGCUCGGCAUGACCAAAGAUGUGAAAGACUUUGUGACUAAGUGUGAUACCUGUCGUUCUUUUGAUGACAAACAGAGGAAAGAGGCCCUCGUUGACUAUCUCCGCAAUACAAAGUCGAAGACUGUAAUUCAGAAACUGAAGGCAUUGUUUGCACGCUACGGGAUCCCAGGUCACCUUGUAUCUGACAAUGGGUCCCAGUUUGCCUCUACUGAGUUCAGCAGUUUGCCAAGGAAUAGGAAUUCUGUCGUGUGA